UGCCCCAGUAGUGCCACGUUGAACCUCGGGUUGGAGGGAGGGCAAAAGUUUUACCUCCCUCAGCUGCAACUUGCAACUUAAACUUCCCGCAGCGAAAUUCUGCAACAGUAACGUUGGUGCUGUUGCUAUGGGAACCAUGCGGCCACACCUGCUGUGCUGUUUGUUGUUUCUUGCCCUCCUUCACCAAAGACCCUCAGCAGGGGAGGGAGACCAGCCCUGGCGGGACACAGACAUGCCGUACGAGGAGCUGAAAGCGAGGCUGGAGUCGGGGACCGUCCGUUUGAUUGACGUGAGGGAGCCGAUCGAGCUAGUGGAGGACGGCGAGAUUCCUGGUGCCGUGAAUAUUCCGCUUGGUGAGGUUGGGGAUGCGUUCCAGCUGCCCCCUGGCGAGUUUCAGCGGAAGUACAGCUGUGAGAAGCCGGGGAGGGAGGAUGACAACAUCGUGACCAGCUGUCUGGCCGGGGUUCGCAGCUUCGACGCGCUCGAGCAACUACGCAAACUCGGAUUCCACAAAGUGAAACAUUACCCCGGUGGCUUCCUCGAAUGGUCAGAACGAUGUGAACAGGAAUGGAAGGAAAAGGACGACACCAGGAACACCAAAGACCCCAUACAGCCCCCCAUACCUGUGGAUAAAAAAGAAACCAGUAACACGGAAAACCCCACGGCACCCCCGGCCCCCCCUAACUCCAUACCCUCUCCACAAGACAAGACAGAAUUGUGAUGCCGGCUUCAGAUUUUC